AUGACAGAAGAUAAGAAUGGCAAAAUGACUGAUUUAGAAACGUGUUUUAGUGAUUAUAGUUGUGAUUUCGGUACAACUGCGAGUGCUAAUACUAGUGAUAAUGAAGAAUCUGAUAGAGAUAUUCAAAUAAAAAUAAAAAGGGCUAUUGAAAAUAGAAUAUUAGAUGAAACUAAAAAAAAAAGAAAAAUACUUAAUUUUGAAAAAAAUACAAACAAAGAAAAUAAUGAAGAUAAGAAAAAAGGUUACAAAUUAAAAAUUAGAAAAUUAAAAAUUUUUAAAAAUGUAAAUACAAAAAGUUUCAAUAAUAGUUCCACAAAAUGCCUCUGUAUAAAUAAUAUUUACGUUAAAAAAGAAGGUCGUGAAAAUGUAUGUCUAAAAAAAAAAAAAAAAAAAAGAAUUUUUUUAAAAGAUGAAAAUAUAGAAAUUUAUGAAAUUGAAUCGUUUUCUGAAUAUGAUAUUUUAGAUAAGAAAUCAAGAUCAUCUUUAAGUAAUAUAAAACCAGUUAACAAGAGUAAAAAAUUAAAUAAAAAUUAUUUUAAUUUUUUAAUGUGUAAUUCACAUUAUGUACCUGAUAUAUCAUUUAUUAGUAAAACACUAAAAACUAUAGAGAUAAUAAAAAAAAGAAAAGCCCCUGUAAUAUUUUUUCAAGAAGUUAUGCAUGAAUCGGUUGAUUUAAUAAAAAAAAAAUUAUCUGACAUUUAUGAAAUAAUUAAAGUAGAUGAUAUAUGUGGAGAAAAGUUAAAUUAUUUUUUUUUGAUAUUAGUAUUAAAAAAAAAUUUCAAAUUAAAUGAACAAGAAACAUUUACAUUUUUUGAUUCUGUGAUGGAUAAAUAUGUAAUAAAAAUUUUAAUUAAUCCUGUAAAUGAUCCAGAUCAAACUAUUUUGUUAAUUAAUACUACUAAUUUAGAUUACAAUAUUUCACUUAAUAAAGAAGAAAUACUUCAAAUGAAACACUAUUAUAUUGAUAUAUUACAAGAUAAAAAAUACAAGAAGAAAAAAAAAAAUAGUACUAUAAUAUUGUGCGAUAACUUUGAUUAUUCAAAUGAUAAAAUUAAAAAUAACGACUUUCUUUUUAAUAUUUUAGAUAAAUGGGAUUCUUUAAAUUUUCCUAAGAAUGCUCAAAAUACACGAAAUUGUUUAUUAAAUCAAAAUUUAUGUAAAAGGUUUUUUUUUUUCAAAUCUAAAAAAAAAUUUCAUAGAAUUUAUUGUAUUAAAAAUAACUCAAAUAAUUGUACUAACCAUAUUUAUUUUAAAAAAAUUGAUAGUAGAAUAUUAUCAAGAUAUUAUAGACAAAAAAAAAUAUCUACUGGAUUUAUCAAAUUCUCCAAUAUAUGA